UAUAGAUAGAUAAUAUUCUACGCGUCGUGUUAUGCUGUUGCGUAUAACUGUUUCAAUUAUUGCUCUAAUACGAUUUUUCAACCUUAUAUAACCCAAUUUGAAACAUCAACACAAGUAGGGAACUACAACAUCACUCACUUCGCCGCAUUUACCCCACUGCUACUAUACUGCCAUUUUCUCCCAACAAGGUUCAUUUUGGGGUAUGAUCUGUUUUGGUUUCAUUCUUACUUGUUGAGCUGGUGAGAGAUAAAAAGUUACAAUUUUUAUAGGAAAAUGGCGGGUUGUUCGAAUUUUGGGGUGGUGCGUGUUGUUAGUUCAGGGAAAGAAUCUGUUUUGAGGAAGAAUGUAAAUCAAUAUUCCAGUUUUAGGAGUUUGAUGUUCUUAAAUGAGGCUGCAUUUCCAUCCAUUUGUGUGAACAAGUGCGGUGGUGGUGGUGGUGGUGGUGGUGGAUUGUAUGUGUCUAUACGAAAGAAACAUACGUUUUUGACAAUGUGUAUGUUGCAGCCGCCGGCUGAAUCACAGCCUGCUGUAACUAGGAUCGAGUUGUCGGAUGAGGGUGGUGAUAGUAAUGUGGGAAAGGAACUCAAAAUUUCGGAUAGUGAGUUGGAUUCCAAGAGUGUUGGAAAUGGAAGUAAUGGAGUUGUGUUUGAUGGUAGUGGUGGUAAUGGGAGCUUUGGAAGUGGUGGAGCGGGAGGCGGUGGAGGUGGUGGUGGUGGUGAUGAUGAUGGUGACGAAAAAGAAGAGGCGGAGUUUGGGCCAAUGCUAAAAUAUGAUGAGGUAUUGAGAGAGACAGAGGCACGUGGCGUUACUCUUCCGUUUGAUAUGUUGGAGGCUGCUAAGAGUGUGGGAAUCCCAAAGUUGCUUCUUCUUAGAUAUUUGGAGUUAGAGGGAUCUUUUUGGCCUUUAGGAUUUGCGAUGAGAUCAUGCUCUAUCCUUCGCAAUCGAAUGCUGGCUGAUCCGGCAUUUCUUUUCAAAAUUGGCUCAGAGAUCGUAAUUGAUUCUUGCUGCGCUACUGUUGCUGAAUAUCAAAAGAGAGGCAAAGACUUUUGGAAUGAAUUCGAGUUGUAUGUUGCAGAUCUUCUUGUUGGGUUGGUUGUUAAUGUUGCUUUGGUAGGAAUGUUGGCACCUUAUGCUCGAAUCGGAAAACCAUCAAUAUCUAAGGGAUUCAUCGGAAGUAUGCAGAAAGCUUAUGCAGCUUUGCCGAGCAGUGUAUUUGAAGCUGAAAGGCCAGGAUGUAGAUUUUCUGUACAACAGAGACUCGGAACAUACUUCUUCAAGGGUAUAAUGUAUGGAGCUGUUGGAUUUGGAUGCGGUAUUAUAGGCCAAGGCAUUGCAAACGCGAUCAUGACUGCAAAGCGGAGCAUAAAGAAAUCAGAAGACGACGUACCUGUACCUCCUCUUUUGAAGAGUGCCGCACUUUGGGGUGUGUUCCUUGCGGUAUCUUCAAACACGCGAUACCAAAUCGUCAAUGGACUGGAGCGUUUGGUAGAAGCAUCGCCAAUGGCAAAGCAGGUUCCACCAGUUGCUAUGGCUUUCACAGUUGGCGUGCGUUUCGCCAACAAUGUUUAUGGUGGCAUGCAGUUUGUUGACUGGGCUAGGUGGAGUGGAGUACAAUAGCUGCUUUCAUGACCUUGUUUUGUAAUGUGUUGUAGUCUAGUAGAUGCAAUUUUCUAGCCAUAAAUUUGUUAAGGUUGAAGCUUAAAUUUCUACCUCAGGUUCAUGGACCUAUACUGGAUGACCCAUGGUUAUGGGUUCUACGGCUUCAGUUAGAAAAGUUUUAGGCAGUGAUUUGGAGGACGAGCAUUUGUUCAAUCCAUUUUAAUAAUCAACAUUGACGAUGAA